AUGCACAAGUCAGAACCACCAGUUUAUUCUAGCACUGUGACUAGGUCAGAACCACCAGUUUAUUCUAGCACUGUGACUAGGUCAGAACCACCAGUUUAUUCUAGCACUGUGACUAGGUCAGAACCACCAGUUUAUUCUAGCACUGUGACUAGGUCAGAACCACCAGUUUAUUCUAGCACUGUGACUAGGUCAGAACCACCAGUUUAUUCUAGCACUGUGACUAGGUCAGAACCACCAGUUUAUUCUAGCACUGUGACUAGGUCAGAACCACCAGUUUAUUCUAGCACUGUGACCACGUCAGAACCACCAGUUUAUUCUAGCACUGUGACUAGGUCAGAACCACCAGUUUAUUCUAGCACUGUGACUAGGCCAGAACCACCAGUUUAUUCUGUCACUGUGACUAGGUCAGAACCACCAGUUUAUUCUAGCACUGUGACUAGGUCAGAACCACCAGUUUAUUCUAUCACUGUGACUAGGUCAGAACCACCAGUUUAUUCUAGCACUGUGACUAGGUCAGAACCACCAGUUUAUUCUAGCACUGUGACUAGGUCAGAACCACCAGUUUAUUCUAGCACUGUGACUAGGUCAGAACCACCAGUUUAUUCUAGCACUGUGACCACGUCAGAACCACCAGUUUAUUCUAGCACUGUGACUAGGUCAGAACCACCAGUUUAUUCUAGCACUGUGACUAGGCCAGAACCACCAGUUUAUUCUGUCACUGUGACUAGGUCAGAACCACCAGUUUAUUCUAGCACUGUGACUAGGUCAGAACCACCAGUUUAUUCUAUCACUGUGACUAGGUCAGAACCACCAGUUUAUUCUAGCACUGUGAUUGGGUCAGAACCACCAGUUUAUUCUGUCACUGUGACUAGGUCAGAACCACCAGUUUAUUCUAGCACUGUGAUUGGGUCAGAACCACCAGUUUAUUCUGUCACUGUGACUAGGUCAGAACCACCAGUUUAUUCUAGCACUGUGAUUGGGUCAGAACUACCAGUUUAUUCUAGCACUGUGAUUGGGUCAGAACCACCAGUUUAUUCUGUUUCUGUGACUAGGUCAGAACCACCAGUUUAUUCUGUCACUGUGACUAGGUCAGAACCACCAGUUUAUUCUGUCACUGUGACUAGGUCAGAACCACCAGUUUAUUCUAGCACUGUGAUUGGGUCAGAACUACCAGUUUAUUCUAGCACUGUGACUAGGUCAGAACCACCAGUUUAUUCUGUCACUGUGACUAGGUCAGAACCACCAGUUUAUUCUGUCACUGUGACUAGGUCAGAACCACAAGUUUAUUCUGUCACUGUGACUAGGUCAGAACCACCAGUUUAUUCUGUCACUGUGACUAGGUCAGAACCACCAGUUUAUUCUAGCACUGUGAUUGGGUCAGAACCACCAGUUUAUUCUGUCACUGUGACUAGGUCAGAACCACCAGUUUAUUCUAGCACUGUGACUAGGUCAGAACCACCAGUUUAUUCUAGCACUGUGACUAGGUCAGAACCACCAGUUUAUUCUAGCACUGUGAUUGGGUCAGAACCACCAGUUUAUUCUGUCACUGUGACUAGGUCAGAACCACCAGUUUAUUCUAGCACUGUGAUUGGGUCAGAACCACCAGUUUAUUCUAGCACUGUGACUAGGUCAGAACCACCAGUUUAUUCUAGCACUGUGACUAGGUCAGAACCACCAGUUUAUUCUAGCACUGUGACUAGGUCAGAACCACCAGUUUAUUCUAGCACUGUGAUUGGGUCAGAACUACCAGUUUAUUCUGUCACUGUGACUAGGUCACAACCACCAGUUUAUUCUAGCACUGUGAUUGGGUCAGAACCACCAGUUUAUUCUAGCACUGUGAUUGGGUCAGAACCACCAGUUUAUUCUGUCACUGUGACUGAGUCAGAACCACCAGUUCAUGGGCACCCGCAGGAAACAUUCUAA